CAAGAAGCUAAAUCGUUCAAACCCUUUUUUUUUCUGAUUCGUUCAGUACUUUGAUUUUCCAAUUGCAUAAUGAAGCUCCGCUCUCACGGCGAUGGCGCUUCUUCUUCCAAAGGAAAAGAGAAGAUCAACUACAGAGAGAGUUCUGAUUCGGAAGAUGAUGAAGAAGCGCCGAGUGAUGUAGGUACUAGUGAUUCUGAUGGUGUCCCGAAGAGGAGUAAAACUGAGUCCUAUGCAAAAAGGGGAAGUCAGAGUAGUAAAAAAGCUGAGGAGGAAGAGAGUCAGGAUGCAGAUACUGAGAUUGCUGGUGACAUAGCUGAGGAAUCUGGUGGGAAACAGAAGGGUAGGGAGAAAAAACAUAGGCCAAUGUUAUUGUGGAAAAAAUUAGAACAGGAAAAUAAUAGAUGGAUUGAAGAGAAUUUGCAAACAGAUUUCGACCAGGUAAAUCAGAAUGAGAUACUGAUAACAGUCGAGCCUUCAGAUGACUUGAUAAUUCCACUGCUAAGAUAUCAGAAGGAGUGGUUAGCUUGGGCUUUGGGGCAAGAGGAAUCUUUUGCCCGAGGUGGCAUCCUUGCCGACGAGAUGGGAAUGGGCAAGACUCUCCAGGCAAUAGCGCUCGUUCUUCUCAAAAGAAGUAUCUCAACACGAAGUUCGUCAAGGGAAUCAUCGCAAAUAAAGGGUACACUUGUUAUAUGUCCCGUUGGCGCUGUCAAGCAAUGGGCUAGAGAGAUCGAUCGGUUCACUUCAAAAGGAAGCACCAAAGUUUUUGUCUAUCAUGGUCCCGACCGAGGAAAACUUUUUUAUCAGCUUUCGGAUUAUGAUUUUGUUAUAACGACAUAUGGAGUUGUUGAGAAGGAAUAUAGUAAUUAUGUGAUGACUCCUAAAGAAGAAUGCUGGCGAUGUGGAAAACUCUUACAUGUGCAUAAGAUGAAAGGUCACUUGAGAACUUGUUAUUUGCCUCAGGCUGUUAAGCCGAAUGUUGAGGUAAAUGUCAGUGGUCGCAAGGAAGUGGAAAAUGAGAAUUCAAUUGAGAGUUCAGUUGCGACUGGCCGAACCUCAUCCGAGGGAAAGCAUAUUUUGCAUUCGGUUUGGGAACGUAUUGUAUUGGAUGAGGCUCAUUGUAUCAAAGCAAGAUAUGGUACUACGACAAGAGCUGUUCUUGCUCUAAAAUCUAGAUAUAAAUGGGCUUUAAGUGGUACUCCCCUUCAGAAUCAUGUGGAUGAGCUCUACUCCAUUAUUCGCUUUCUCCAGAUAGUUCCUUUCUCGUAUUAUUGCUGCAAGGAUUGCAAUUGCAAUACGCUUGAUCACAGUUCUGCAGAAUGCCCUGGAUGUGGGCAUAAAAAUGCUCGGCACUUCUGCUGGUGGUUGAGAUAUGUUUCUAAGCCGAUACGAAAUAGUCAUGGUAAUCCGGUGUCCAGUAAAGGUGCUAUGAUUUUGUUAAAGCACAAAAUCUUGAAAAGCUUAAUGUUAAGGCGCACAAAAGAGGGCAGAGCGGCUGAUCUCGUACUACCUUCUAGAAUUGUUACCUUGGAAAAAUAUUCACUCGAUGCUGAUGAAGAAGACUAUUAUACAGCACUCUACAAUGAAACUCAAUUACAGUUUAAUAAAUACGUCCGUGCAGGAACAUUGAUGAAUAACUAUAUGCACAUAUUGGCUCUACUGACACGCCUACGUCAGGCACUUGAUCAUCCGUACCUUGUGGAAUAUUCUCCUGCUUCAAUGGAAAGAAAGGGCAAAGCAGUAGAAUUCACCACCAACAAUGAUGGGAAAAAGCAAAAGUCAAAAACGACCAUUAAAGGAUUCGUACCGUCGAGUAUUUUAAAUACAAUUCAGCUUAAAGGUGUUCAGGAUUUUGAGACUAGUACUAAAAUUGAAGCCUUGAAGGAAGAAAUUCGAAUUAUGGUUGAAAGGGAUGGUUCUGCCAAGGCAAUUGUCUUCAGUCAGUUCUUGCCUUUCCUGGAUCUCAUACACUAUGCCCUUCAAAAUUCUGGAGUGAACUGUGCUCAUUUAGAUGGGUCCAUGGCCAUGGAAGCUAGAGAUACUGCUAUACAAAAAUUUACCGAGGAUCCUAGCUGCAGAGUGAUUUUAAUGAGCUUAAAAGCAGGGGGUGUUGCCCUCAAUCUCACAGCAGCUUCACAUGUUUUCAUGAUGGAUCCAUGUUGGAAUCCUUCCAUAGAGCGGCAGGCGCAAGACAGAAUUCAUCGAAUAGGCCAAUACAAACCAAUCCGGAUUGUGAAGUUUAUUAUUGAAAACACCAUAGAGGAAAGAGUUUUAAAGUUGCAGGAGCAGAAGGAAUCAUUAAUCGAUGGUGUUCUGGAUGGAUCGUCUGAGGCUCUGGAAAGAUUAACAACAAAUGAUCUGAUAUUCCUGUUUGCUCCCUAAGCUGCAUCAGUCUGCUAGGAAAUUCUAGAAUUCUGUCGCGGCAAUCGGUUAGUGUUUCCUUUCGUUGGGCAACCAAACUGCUAGAACUAGUCUGGUAAAUUUGGCUCCUUUUGGCAAUGAAUGUGUUAAUAGGCAUGAAUGUGUUUUCGGAUGGUGGAAUUUGAAUCCUAAACCUCUCUGUUACAGUCAUGAGAUCACUCCAUUUGCUUUAUUU